AUGAACCAAAUCAUUCUCAAGCUUGAGCAACACCUUAAAAAGCGGAGCAAAAAGGCCAUGCGUGAGGGCUUAUCGGAAGCGCUUCAUAGAAAUGAUCCAUAUCGAAGUCCGAUGAAUCUACAAUCAGCAAAAUAUCUGCCUCUCGAGUGGUUUGAUGAUAUCGAAAUGGACCCAUACACGCCGCAGGAAUGGGUCGGUCUCGGUGGAGAUGAUGGCGGCACUCCCGCCGUGAGUCGCUUCUUCUUUUACCCUGAAUCUGAUGUCGACUGGCAGUGGCUCUCAUGUCGCGUCAUUGGAUACGACGACACCCUAGGACUUUUCUCGAUCAAAUGGGAAAAUUCAGACCAAGUCAAGUUGGCAAAACGCCUCAACAUUUGCUUCAGAGCCGAGCGAAUGGAUAAAUUCUACUCGCGGAUCGAGACCGCGUUUCGGCUGCGAAAUGCCGCCCAUCAGCAGGUGUGCUAUCUCCGUAACAUCGAAGAGAUGAAGAGCAAAUAUCGCCACAAAAUGCCAAAACGGCUCAAAAUACGGCUUCUCGAUGCUGUCAAAGACCAUGUGAGCAUGCGCAACCUGGCAACGCUGGAACACUGCGUUUUAGAAAUUGAGACGGACUACACCCUGAGCAUGAGGAGGGCAGAGUACGACCAUGUGAACGGACCGUAUGAAGCCACGCUCCAGCAGAUAGCAACUGCCACUUCCGAAAAGUUUGCAAAACUGGCUCUUGAGAAAUCUGGCGCGAACCAAGAUGACAUCCAAGAUAAGCUCUAUAAAUCCGUGGCCCUUUCAACCCGAGAAAUGUCAACAUACAUGUUUCUCGCCAACGCCGAAGUGCAGCGCACUAUCAUCGACAUAUUGGGAUCGCUCCGAAAUGUAUUCAGCGACUCGGAUAGAUACUUCCAAAAACGCUUUGAGCUGCCGCUUUCCUUUUAUGCAUUCUGUGAUAAGCUAAAGAGUCACGUAAGCUGUGUCCAAGUGAAGCUCACCCAUGAGUGGCCCCACGCUAUUGCAAGCCGGAUCAAAUCACAGCUCGGGGAGUACUUCAACUUGAAGGAAUCUCGUGAUGUCGCCCACCAAACAAGUCGCUGCAAAGAUUUUCUGAGGAUGGUAAACCUGGUGAUGAAACAGCAAGCGAGCGCCUGCGCUUACGAUGGGCUCAAGUUGUUCCUGAAGAUGUUCAACGUGAUUGUCCGGGAUGAUCUGUAUGCAGGCCCGGAGAGACGUAGCUCUACCCAUGGAGAUAUCCAAAGCACAUCUCUCUUCAAUAUCUGCUACGAUAUUCAAGUGCCAACAGCCGUGCCCGAAGCGCCUCUGCCACUACCCUGCGUUGUUAUCAUCAAAAUUUCUGUCAGAGAUAUCUCUGGAAUCUACUAUUGCACCUCCGACGUUCCAACCGAAAGAGACAACGCCAUCGGUCUUGAUCCGCCCCUCGAGUUACUCGAGAGUGCCAUACUAGAGCUCUUCACUUUGCCAAGAAUCUCGACCAGUAACAGCAUUCCGACAAUCGAGUCUCUUGUGCUUCCGUUUCUGGAAGUCCUCGAGCCAAAUACCAUCACACUUGACUACGAUGAGCCCCUCAUAUUGGAUGGAAGUCGGAUCUUGCUGAGCCUCAUCCGAGAAACCUACACCAACAUAAACUCCCUGGUCAAUCAGUACACGGCUUACGAGUUCCUUGUGCAGGAGGAGUUGUCCGAUGAAACGUUUCAGAACGCCAUCCGCCAUAUCGACUUACUUCGCGAGCUUUUGUCGAAAUACCAUGAGGCAACAACCACCGUGGGCCACGUUUCACUGGACUAUGUGCGUUAUCCCCCUCUUGUGGUCGACUGUGCGGAAAUCAAGAAGACACUUGGCAUGGCCAAGUCGAUGGAGGAAGGAAAUAGAUAUCACAAAAAGCUGAAAUACCUGAAGCAAGUCUGGGAUUUGCUUGAGGAGUACAGUGUCUCGUUUUCGGAUGAGAUCAACACUCAAUUUUGGGAAACAUGGGCAUGGCCAAAGCGCUUGUUCUCGGAGGUCGAAGAGGCCAAUCAUCGACUGGAGGAAUCAAAACGGCACAUUGGGCAGCAAAUAGAGGUCGAUACAGAGUUUAUCAACUCGAGCGUCGCAGCGUAUACGUUGGAAAUUGAUCAGCAUUUGCGAGAGAACGCGGUUGAUUCAAUCGAAAUCAUGUACGCUCGAGUCCAAAGUCUCCGACACAAAAUCGACAAGAUUGGGGCUCUUGUGCUCAGUGUACAAGAGCGUGGAAAGCUCAUUGGGCUCAAUCAAGAUAUGUCGUUCAAGGCCUUUGCCGAGCUGAUUGAAGGCUUCAAGGCGUAUGAGUACCUCUGGAGUCUUGCCGGAGAUAUUAGAACGUUGUUGGACAAAUGGAUGGACUCGCUUUUUAUGGAUCUAGACUCCAAGUUGAUUUCUGAAAGGUUUUCGACAUGGCUUCAGGGAACGCAAACCCUCCAAUCUCUGUUUUCCAACGAUCCGCGCUCGACUCAGACCAUCGCCGGGCUGGAGCAAUCUGUCAAAGACUUCCGGCGCUACAUGGACGUUAUUAUGUCGCUGAGAAACCCAGCACUGAAGCCGAGUCACUGGGAAGCGAUCGAAAAGGUGGUCGGGAUAUCAUUAGAGGAUCUGCAGACUGUUACACUGCGUGCUGUUAUCAAGUUGGAUAUUGAAUUGAUCAGCGACAUAUUAUCCGAUGUCAGCAAAAAUGCGAGCGUUGAGCAUAUGCUCGAGAAAUCGUUCGACAUGAUUAUGGCCGAGUUCUCGACCAUCGAGUUGACUGCGGCAAUGACCGCUGAUGAGAAGUUUACCGUUGUCGGAAGCAGUCAAGUGACUCUGUCGAUAUGCGAUGACCAUCUAAUACGCCUGGAGCAAAUAUUCAAGCGAACUCUUAUCCAGCAACUUCGUACUCGGGUCGAAAGCUGGGCGAAAAAAGUCCUCCGUACGCAGGAAACCAUAGCAGCGUGGGCGCAGUUUCAGCAUGAGUAUCAACGCUUGCAGGCGGCGCUGGCUGCUGGCGGAAUCCAGGAUGCACUCCGCAGAGCCAAUGUAGACAACUUUCUGGGCGUCACCAAAACAAUGCAGCUACUCUCGGACUUUGCAUCCAAAAACAAAAAACUCUUGGCCGUGCUGUUGCGGACAGAGCUCCUCGAUAUGAUCAACGGAGCUUUGACCAGAUGCGAGUCUGUCCUCGCCAACGUCCGCGAGAUCUUGGACAUCAAGCGCAAGUCAUGCCCCCGCUUCUAUUUUCUAUCAGAUCUUGAGUUGAUGGAGGUACUGCGCUGCAAUUCACCUGAGCACAUUGGGUCUCACAUCACAUCGGUGUUCUCCAACGUUGCUGCCGUCGUCUUCAAGUCAGCCGAUCAAAAAGAGACUGGCGGUCUCGACCCUGCCGAGGAGCGAAAGUCCGUGCUCUCGCAUUGGACAGAGACGACGUACAUGUCCAAAAGCACGAACGACACAUCAUCUGAAGCAGGCGACGACAAAAGAGCGACUGUUCUUGGGGUGGAGAGCCACGAAGGACUAUUGUUGGGCUUUCAAUUCGAAGUCCCACGCUCAAUCGCCCUCGAGGACUUUAUUUGCAUACUCGAGCGCGAAAUCCAGAGCAGAAUUUGGACAUCCAUCAAGGAGUUGCUCGGUGAAAACGAAGACGAGCCCCUUACACGGCUGUACCAUCUCCACCCCAUCCAGAGCAUUUUGGCGGUGCUGAUGGUUCGUUGGACCCGGAAUAUCAGUAGCGUCAUUACCAAAAGCAUCGAAUCUGGACUGUCAAACUAUCGCAAAAAGCUGCAAAAGGACCUCGAGGUGCUGGUCCAAGCAACACGAACCCGUAAGCCCAUGUCGAGCCGGGUGACUCUUGAGAUACUCGUGACCAUGGUGGGAUAUUUGAUCGACUCCAUUGAUGGAGUCAUCGCUGCCAACGUCACAAGCACCACGCAAUACGAAUGGACCUCCAAGCUGCGGUACCACGUUGAUCACGAUGAAACAAGGUUGCUGGUACGGAUGAUGGGCACCCAGAUCUAUUACGGAUUGGAGUACGUCGGUGGUCAUCCGCGAAUUAUUAUGACCCCGACAGCAGUCCGCUGCUUCCGCAAUCUAGUUCAGAUGAUUGGUCUCUCGGCCAGCCCGCUAUUGCUGGGACGAUCAGGGGUCGGAAAGACCGAGCUCAUCAUGGAACUGGCAAGCUUUGUUGGACUGCGAUGUGCAACCCUCAGCUACGCACCAAUGCUCACCGAGUGCGACAUUCUGCGGCAUUUCUACGGCAUGCUGGCGACAAAUUGCUGGAUGUGUGUUGAGAACCUGGAAAGCUAUCAGUGUGAGCAGCUGUCGAUCUUCAGCCAAAUCGCUGGCAGCUUUCAAAAAUCGCUGCAAGCCGCGAUAAAAUCUAAGCAAACAAGCAUUAUGUUCGGGGAUUCGGCUUUUCCGUACAACUCCACGCCGUGCUUCUUCUCCACCAUGACGACAACGAAUUUGAAGAACUGGACGCUCGUAUCCCCGGAUGUCAAAGCCCUCUUUCGCCCUAUUGCACUAACCCAGCCACACACACAUGUUAUAGUUGAGGGUGUCUUGAAUGCACGCGGGUUUAGAAUGGCCAGGCAGAUUGGGAAAAAGAUGGCCUAUUUUCAAUCGGUUUCGAGGAUAAUUUGCGGCUCCCGCAUCGAGAUGGAACUGCAGCUACGACGAAUCAAGGUCAUCUUGGAUGCCGCAACCGGCUAUUAUGAAGAGACUCGCACGGCCACGAACGAACUCAAGGUUAUCGUACGGGCUUUGCACCAUUAUUAUCUGGGCCAAUUUGAUGUUCCAGAUCGAAACGUCCUGCUUGAAAUCAUCAAUGAUCUGUUUGAGGAUCACAAACACAACGGUGAAACACUGCUCUCAGAAGAGUCCUGGAUAGCAGCCUCCAAGACUGUCGGAAACAUCGUGAUUACCGACACCUUCCGACACCUUCUUGGCGAGUUUCAUCAGACGCUCGAGUCAUUCAAUUCAGUCAUCAUCCUAGGACGAGUAUGCACCGGCAAAACAACACUGUGGAAGACCUAUUUGGAGAUCAGCAACGCCCAGCUCAUCGAGCGCGAAAGGCGGCUUCAUAUAUCUGCCUCGCAUCACUUUCCCAAUGCUGCGGGCAAUGUAGAUUGGAGCGUAUUCGAAGCCUCGCGCGAGGUUCCGGCGGAAGGACAAUCGGCUGGCAUGACCCGUGAAGUCACGCAAGAAAAUGAAUGCGACAAUACCGGCGAUACUGCCGAUAUCGACGAAGCACACUGGAUCGUCUGGGAUGGAACAAUAUCAAACAUGAGAGAUCUCAAUCUCAUGCUCGUUGCCGAGAAUAGCCGCUAUCCUGUCAACGGACACGAUGAGAUAAUGAGGCAUGGAAACGAUACAAAAAUCAUCCUAGAGACCCGAAGCAUGGAGGGAGUCUCUCCAUCGAUCGCUGGUCGGUAUGCCAUCCUCUCGGUCGCCACUGGCCAUGUUGUUGACCCAGCCUGUGAAAUGGAGGCUCGUCUGGCCGUUUUAGCCCCAAACUUUGAUAUCCACAAACCUCUGUUGAUGGUCUUCCACAAGAUCAUCUUUAUGCCGCUCUGUGAUCGGGCACAGCAGGCGAAAGUUGGAUUUUGGAGCGCAAACAGGGUCAUCUUGACGCAACAAGUGAUGCAGCUCUUUGUCGCCAUGAGCAAGCUUGUGACCGACGAUGGUCAUGAGCGCAUGACCCUUACAGAACAAUCAGUCUGGUGUCUUGCCUCGAUGAUCUUCUGCACUGUAUGGACUGUCGGUGCGUUUGUACGCGACGAACAGAGAAUUGAAUUCGAUCGCGCUCUCAAGGCUAUGAUUGAAGGUAGCGAGUUGGCCAAGAUCGAGGAUGAGCUCGGUGUCCCACGUGGACAAUUUCGAGAAGCAAUCGGCCUCCCCGCCGAACACACAGCAUACGACUACUACUUUGACGAGACGCUGAUGCUUUGGAAGCCAUGGAAGCAGCUCCACGGGGGGCAAUAUUUUUCCGUCAUCGACGCCGGCUGCCCUGAAAUGGCUCCGACGGACGAGCUCCUCAAAAGCGUCUUUUUCGCGAACGCUUUGUUGGAUAGUGGCCUCCGACCCAUCAUGCUCUUCAAGAAGCGCAGGCGAGCCUUUGGAAGCGUGGUGCCGCUGCGGCUCUUUGUCGAUGACCUCGAGUAUAUCCCGGACCAGGCCCUGUUUGAAGUCUUGCGGAUGUGGUGUGAGACCGGCGAAUGCGACAAGUUUGAGCCAACGCUGUCGGAAAUCGUCAAGCUUGAGCUCCGAGCCCUUCGGCCCCAAUUCGCAACCGAAGAACUUGCUGAAGUCAUAUUUGUGAUGUCCUCGAUGCUUCUCCGAUGGGCACGCGAUACCCUGAAGCCUUCACCACUGACUCGCGGUCUGAUCUUCUCGGUAGCAGACAUCCACCAAAUAAUCAGGCAGCUUCACCGAUUCUUGGACAUAUCUGACGAUCUCAACAAGAUUGUGGCCGUGUGGUCUUAUGAAUGUCGGAUCAGAAUGGCAGACAAGCUCGAUCCCGCUGGGCGACAAGUAUUUGAAGAUGCCCUUGGAGAAAUUAGCUGUCAGAGUAACUUUGCGUAUACGUUCGAGCCGACUUCGAUCGAGUCUGUUUGUGCAUUUUCAGGCUGCGAAAUGCCAACAAGUGAGCUCAAGCAACGUGUUGGAUGCAUCCUUCACCCAGAUGGAGUCGACCAAGCCUUGCGUCUGGCCCACAAAUUGAAGGCACACCCUGUCCACGUCUUUCUUGUGGGAGAAGAGCAUGAUGAUAGAAGCAACAUCAUCGAGUUUGUUGCUCAUUUGAACGGCGCACGAUUCAAAUGCUAUGAGGCAAUCUGGGACGACCAGAUCCUGGAUCAGUCUAUCCAGUGGAGAGCAACAAUAGCGUCGCUGUUUGAGGCUGUUCUCGAAACUUGGAAGCACAUCUACUUUUUCAUCGACAGUGCCGAUAUAAAGGAAGGAUAUCAAUGGAGUGAUUUGAUAUCGAUCAUGAAGCUUGGCUAUACGCAGGAGUACUACGCAAUGUCAAUGACCCAGAAAAACAUCGGCUCCUUAAAGCGGCACCUCCAGCGCCACAGUAGCCGCCGGACAUCGAAAGAUGAGGAAGAAGAGCUUCUACCAGAGUUUGCUCGACUGAUGCGACGAUACAUUCAUAUCAUCAUUUCAUUUCACGAUACCAGAGCUGGCACAAGCUCCAGCCUUCUAAGUGCCAUAGGACUCUUAUCCACAAGACAUAUGAUUCCAAGUUGGUCCUCAGCCACGAUAGCAUGCAUGACAGAAACUGCGAUUCAACAGUCGCCACAUUGCUCCGUCAUCGAUACGGUGCGUGAGCUCGUGCUCGAGUUUUUUACCAGUGCGUAUAGGCAACUGACACUGAAACGAAUCCCAAGCAUCAAGCCGGUGUAUGUUCGAACAGCUAUCCGGCUAUUUGUGCUGUUCUUUUGCUCCAAACACGAACUCCUUAACCAGCAGUACGCAGCCACGACCCACGCGAUCGAAGGAAUCGAUAGGGUUGUGAAGCUGAUAGACAGAGUCGAAGAGGAGUACACCUUCUCCCAAUCCGAGUUUGUUCGAGUUUCGGAGAAGACCCAGCUGUUCUUGAAGCGGAUGGAAAAUCUGCGGGAAGACCUUGACAGAGUAAAGGUUCAGCAACGGAAGAUGACAGAUGAGGAGGCACGGCUCGGCACCGACUACGAGCGGUUGAUGGCCACCCUGGCGGUUGAAGAGGCCAAAGUUGGACCUAUCCUUUCGGCCUCUGUAAAGUCCGUCGAAGCUAUUCAGAAGGGCGAGCUCUAUGAGAUUAAAACAAUGAUGAACCCACCAAGGGCCAUCCAAGUGAUCGUGGAAACGCUGUGCGUUAUCUUCAAGAUUGAGCCGAGAGGCUCAGAGUCUCUUUGGGAAAGCGGCAAGCGCUUCCUAUCGGAUGCGCGCUUCAUCCAGAGCCUCACCUCCUUCGACAAGGAUAGUCUGACAACUCCAACGGUACUGAAAGCCGAAGCAUAUCUCUCCUCAGCAGACCUGACCUCCAAAGAUCUAUCCAAAGUCUCAAAGUCCAUUUCAUCGAUCGUAGCAUGGAUCCAUGCGCUCACAAAGUACCACUAUGCAAUGCUUUCGCUGCUGCCCUCGCGCGAGGCCGCGGCCACGAUGAAACACAGGCUCGUCGCGAUCGAGGAGGAGAUGGGGGGCAAGACAAAGAGCAUCGGCGAGCUGGAGAGUCGGCUGAAGAUCAUGAAAUCCGAGUUUGAUUCGGUGAUCCGCGAAAAGGACAGUGCACAUCGCCGCUACAAAGAUGCUGAGAACAAACGAAUACUGGCCUCGAGGAUCAAAGAUGCCAUCGCCACGUCACUGGAGCGUCACGAGAAGCAGCGAGAACGGGUAAAAUCGAUGGUGGACUCCUUGAUAGCAAACGCAUUGCUGGCCUCUCAUUACAUUGCGUAUCUCGGCCCGAUGCGUCCGAGUGACCGCCGAGCAAUCUGGUCGGACUGGGCGCAGCUCCUGAUAGAUGCAGGCGCAGUUAAAAGCGAGGCCAUCCUGUCCCUUUCGGAAUUCAUCACAGACGGCAAGCCCGCAGAUAUGUUUUUGACGCUGGGACUUCCAGAGGACCCUGCCAUGCUCGAAAAUUACCUGGUCGCCAAGUAUCAUGACCGCUACCCAGUUCUGAUUGACGUCGAAAAUCGUAUGGAGGAAUGGAUCAAAGCACUUGAACGCGAGAGGAAGCCUGUAGUACUGAAUGAUCCCGAUAGUCUGUCGAUCAGGGAGAUCUCGUUGCUUAUCAGCGACAAUUCCGCAGUGAUCAUCAAGACCCUUUCGCGCUUUUGCAACCAGUAUGUUCACCUGCUCACCAAGCAUCGGUGCAUUCCCAACCUCGGACGCCAACGUCUGAGACUGCUAUCCAACAGCGUCGAUAUCCCAUCGGACUUUCGAAUAUUCAUUGUCCUGAGUGCAGCGCAAACUGCAUCCAUGGUCGAGACUUGGACCCAGCACACCGUUCCGGUACAAACCGAGCUGGAUCACUCCUCUAUCCAACGUGAAAUCUAUCAGCAGCUGCUCCAACAGGAGGAACCCAAGCUAGGCGAGCAUAUAUAUCUGCUUCGUCUCGACGAAUCCAAUCGACGCAACAAGGUCCAGAUGAUGGAGAAACGAAAUGUGGAUCUGGUUGAAAAAAUGUGCAUCGACGACGUCACUGGCGGAGAGCUCUACCGCGGUGUCCUUGAGAACGAAGAGCACACCCGUCUGACCUUGACUACAAGCGGGGUCCGGGUUGCUCCUGAAUUUAAUCUGGUUUUUCGACAAAAAACCGAGUGGCUCGCCAAGGUGUCGACCUGGCUUUGCGACUUGUUUCAGAGUAUCCGCAAGAUCGAGGUCCUCUCGCCGCUCUAUGCACUCUCCUUAGGUUCCUUUUUGCGAGUGGUCCUCCCAUCGAUCAAGGGAAUCGGCAAUGGCCGCGAGCCGGAGUGGAGUGAAAUGAAGGCCAAACUCGCCCUGGCACUUCAUCGACGCUGUGCAUCGGCACUGAGUCACGGAGAUCGAAUCGUCGCUGCAUUUUUGAUCAUGCGGUGGCUGGCUCCGACAGACGAUCCUCAUCUGCAGAUCAAUGAUGCCGAGUGGCAGUUCAUGCUCAAUGGGGCCGUUCAGCGCCAAGGGCACAAGGAAGUCCCUGGCUUGAUACAGAUUCCCAAUCCGUCACCCACAUGGCUCGCAGAGUCCAAAUGGAAACGAAUCCUGGAACUCUCCAAAAUGGUGCCUUUUGCGAGGCUGCCUGAAGAGUUUGUCCAACACGGCAACAAGGCAACCACCCCCCUUACUGAUCAAAGCUGGGAAGAUAUCUUUCGAGCCCUGAGCCCGAGCCUGACCAAACUCCCUGCCAAGUGGGAGGCAAGCCUCACCAAGUUCCAGAAGCUCUUAAUUGUCCAGUGCAUUCGUCCGGAUGCCCUGAGCGAAUGUCUGGAGGACUACAUACGCCAGACGAUCGGACAGGAGUACCUUGAAGACCACUGGGAUCCGAUAUCAGAGCAGUUCCCGCACUCAGGUUCGGGAGUACCUAUGGUUGUGGUUUCGGACAACUUGGACCUGGUUCCUUUCGUGAAGCGCUUCGCCGCCAAGAAGAAAAAAGCGGGUGCAUGUGUCUUUCUUUCUGCAGCAGAGAAAGACAUCCGAAGCAAGUCCGAGCAGCUCCUCUCCGACGCCAUGAAACGGGGACAAUGGCUUGCUGUCGUCUAUGAUGGCCAAACGGUCGUCAAGCAAAUCCUCGAGACGAUCUGCAAAAGGGUGGAGACAGCCACGAAACCAACAGUGAGCACCGUCGGUGGCCACAGGACCAAGUGGGCAGUGCACAGCCAAUUCCGACUCUGGGUCCUGACUCGCCCGAGACUCGAGAUUCCAUCCCACUGCUCGCACCAGGGGGUCAUAAUCCACAUAGACCACAUGCUUGGCCUCAAGAGCCGAUUUUUUGAAUCCUUUUCGGCCGCACUGGACCAUUUAACACCAACCGAAUUUGCUCCCUCAGUCAUGUACCGCAACUUUCUGUUCCGGAUGGCGGCUUUCCAUGCCGUCGUGCAGAGUCGAUCGCGGUAUCUUCUUAGCGACCUUGUUGUUUCGUAUAGGUUUGGAGCUCAGGAUUUCCAAAUGGCGAUUCGCAGUCUCCGCGAGCUGUUUUCGACCUUGGAUCCGCAAAUUGCAGAGAGGAAAAUCAUGGGGCAGGCAUGGAACCUCUUUGGAGAUGGCAGCUACGGAGCAGCAAUAAUCCAUAUCAAGGACUAUCACGUCAUAUCGACCCUCUUUCUUGAGCACAUGAUGGCAGACUGGUCCAAUAUCGAGCAAGGCCCCAUCCCUCAGCUUGCGACACUCAAGCCCGUCUUUGAGCACAUGCACAAGAAUGAACUCGAUGCAUGCUGGCGCUACAUCCAGGACGCUGCUGUUCGGGACUCGCCUGGAUCUUUUGGUCUUUCGGACUCUAUGAUCCGAGGAUACAACGAAUGUGUCUCAAAGACGUUCCUUUCCUCCGCAAGAAGCUUGAAUGAUGAUGGAAUCGACCAGGCCCAGGAACCAGAUUUUGAGCGAAUCAGAAGCACUGCAAAGCUGAUGAUCGAGAGAAUCAAAAGUGCUAGCGAGUGGAUGUCGGAGGACAGCAAUCUUGAAGUUGAUUUACAAACACGACAAAAUCGCAAGUACAUGAUGCUUCUCCUGGCGGAAAACAUUCGAGCAUAUGCGAAAUUGGUCCGCACGAUCGUGCAAAACCUGAUGGAGCUGGUGGAGCCCUCAACCGAGUUCUUGUCGUCAACUUUGUUCGCUGCAAUUCUCGAGGGAUUUCAGGGAAACUGCGUGCCAAUACCGUGGAGACGAAUUGCGUAUCGCUCGCAGCUCCCCCUAUCUAAAUGGAUCGACGAUCUCAUCAGCCGAAUCGAUUACAUGCAACGCUGGAGCACAGUCGAAAAGGGGUCGGAGACGCUGUCGGUCCACAACAUGAUUGCAUACGAUAUCAGUCGGCUCUUCCAACCAAAGCGUCUUCUCAUGGCAAUAAUGAAUGACCACGCCCUGAACAAUAACGAGCGCCUCGAAAACAUGGAAUUGGAGUCGAUGAUUCUGUCGGGGAGACAAGCCAAACCCCCGGCCGUAGGCUGCUAUAUCACGGGACUCUACCUCAUUGGCGCAUCGUGGGACUUUGCUCAAGGCGUCAUGCGAGAAACCAAGGGGGGCGAGCAGUACACCUCGGUCCCGUGCGUGUGGUUGCAACCUGUCUCCAAGCCCAACAGCAUAUUCGGGAGCGAGAGGAGCGUCAUGCAGCCGCGACCGUUUAAGAAGUACCCGUGCCCGCUUUACAUAUAUAAGCCACCUACGGAGGAGGUGGAUUGCCUGGAAUCCACGGCAGACGCACUCUUGAUGGAGUUUAUCGACAUUCCCAUCGAAGGCGCGGUCAAGGCGUGGAUGAAGCGGAAUCCGUGCAUGGUCUGCGAGCCGCCCACUCGGAUAUGA